GGGCACCUAUAUAAAUCACAUGUCACGUAAGUAUUUCUAUAUUUAUUCAAAAUUGAUUUGGUCUUUCACUUGCCCUUUUCUGUAUUAAAUCCACAUCUUUAUUUCUCAGCUCAGCUUCGGCAGUGACAUCUGCAAUGAAGGAAGGGAUGGCAAAAUCCUUUUGUGUGGUAUUUCCUAAGUUUGCCAACACAGAUGACAAGGAACGUCCUUGGAGCCCCGUGUUUUCCCCUCUUGGACCGUCAGGGUACAUAGCCAAUGCUUCCAGAUCUUUUAUGAGAGAGAACCCGCAGAGGCCAACAAGGGCUAAGAAGAGGAAGACAACAGAAAAGGACUGUGAAUGGGAUGAUGAUGAUAUUAGAAUUUUGGGCCUCAUCAAUCCAGGAAAGUCAGAGAAGUCAGAAAUUCUUGAUGGCAUGGCCAAAUGUUUUGAAGUGAGAAAUGCUGAGAGACUAAGAAGAGAAAGCAUCACAUUUUUCAUGUUAAAAUACCCUCAGUUCAACAAGUAUGAGGGAGAAGUUGUAAGUAUCUAAGUUGUAUGUUAAAUUGGUUUCUUAAAUUUUUCCUUUUGUGAUUCUU